UUUGGGCGUUAAAAUGUCCUAUUCGGCCCGGUCUAAAGUACCGUCUGCUCUUUCAGUUUGGAAAAAGGAGACCCCGGUUAUAUCAUAGUAGUAAUAGAGCAACAGCACUGCCUUUUUGCUUUUUCGUUUCCUCUUCAAAUCCCUCUCACACCCAAGUAAAGCAAGACAACCGAGUUCCGUAAUCGCGAUGUCGGAUCCGAAAAGCGGCGCCGGAACCUCCCAGACGAAGGCUCCGGCCAAGGACCCCAAGAAGAAAGAUGAGAAGAAGGAGGAGGAUCUGUCGGAAGAAGAUUUGGCUUUGAAGCAACAGUUGGAGCUAUAUGUAGAAAGAGUUCAGGACCCUGAUCCUAGACUCCAGAAAGUAGCACUUGAGAGCAUGAGGCAAGAAAUCCGCACCUCAACAAGCUCCAUGACUUCUGUUCCAAAGCCAUUGAAAUUUCUCCGUCCUCAUUAUGGAACUCUAAAGGCUUUUUAUGAGACAAUGCCAGAAUCAGAUUUGAAGAAAUACCUAGCUGAUAUCCUGUCCGUGUUGGCGCUGACCAUGUCUGCAGAGGGCGAGCGGGAGAGUUUAAAAUACAGAUUGUUGGGUUCAGAAGGUGACAUUGGUUCAUGGGGCCAUGAGUAUGUGAGGAACUUGGCAGGAGAAAUUGCACAAGAGUAUAUGAAGCGACAGAGCGAAGAGGCCCCAAUUGAAGAUCUAAUGGAGCUUGUGCAACAAAUUGUUGCUUUUCACAUGAAGCACAAUGCUGAACCUGAAGCUGUUGAUCUCUUGAUGGAGGUUGAAGAUCUUGAUCUUCUAGUUGAGCAUGUUGAUAGUACAAAUUUCAAGAGAACUUGUCUAUACCUCAAAAGUUCUGCUAGAUACCUUCCUGGACCAGAUGACAUGCUACAUUUGGAUAUCGGUUACACAAUAUAUCUUAAGUUUGAGGAAUUUGCAUAUGCACUUCAGAUUGCACUUUCUCUUGACAACAUGCAGCAUGUGAGACAGGUGUUUACGUCUUGUGAUGAUAUGCUGAGGAAGAAGCAAUUUUGCUACAUUCUUGCUCGACAUGGUAUUACUUUUGAGCUUGAUGAUGAAAUGGUUGCAGAUGAUGAUGACAGAGAGGCUUUACAGGAUAUCAUCAACAAUACUAAAUUAAGUGAAAGUUAUCUCACCCUUGCUCGCGAUAUCGAGGUUAUGGAGCCUAAAUCUCCGGAAGAUAUCUAUAAGGCUCACUUGCUUGAUGGCCGUGCUAGUGCUGGUGCAAGUGUUGAUUCAGCUAGGCAGAACUUGGCUGCUACAUUUGUUAAUGCAUUUGUUAAUGCAGGGUUUGGCCAGGAUAAGUUAAUGACAGCCCCAGCAGACCCUUUAAGUGGUGGUUCAUCUGGAAAUUGGCUAUUCAAAAACAAAGAACAUGGGAAGAUCAGUGCUGCGGCAAGUCUGGGAAUGAUUCUAUUGUGGGAUGUCGACUCUGGGCUUGCUCAGAUUGACAAGUAUUUCCAUAGCAACGAUAACCAUGUGAUUGCUGGAGCAUUAUUAGGAGUUGGGAUAGUCAACUGUGGUGUUAAGAAUGAUUGUGAUCCUGCACUAGCACUUCUGAGUGAAUAUAUAGGUAAAGAAGAUUCUUCAAUCCGAAUUGGUGCAAUUCUAGGUUUGGGAAUUGCAUAUGCUGGUGCUCAAAGUGAGCAGAUUCGUAGCAGCUUGACUCCCAUACUUAGCGAUGCAAAAGCCCCUCUUGAUGUGAUUGCAUUUACUGCAAUUUCAUUGGGUUUGGUAUUUGUGGGCUCCUGCAAUGAGGAGGUUGCGCAGGCUAUUAUAUUAGCUUUAAUGGAACGAAGUGAGUCAGAAUUUGGGGAGCCCCUCACUCGGCUUCUGCCUCUUGGUCUUGGCCUUCUAUACCUUGGGAAGCAGGAAAGUGUGGAGGCCACAGCAGAGGUCUCAAAAACAUUUAAUGAAAAGAAAAGAAAAUAUUGUGAUAUUACACUUCUUUCUUGUGCCUAUGCUGGAACAGGGAAUGUUCUAAAGGUCCAGAACCUUCUCGUUCAUUGUGCUCAACAUCUCGAAAAGGGUGAAACCCACCAGGGACCGGCUGUACUUGGAAUUGCCAUGGUAGCAAUGGCUGAAGAAUUGGGUCUUGAGAUGUCAAUUCGUUCACUAGAGCAUCUUUUGCAGUAUGGUGAGCAGAAUAUCCGGCGGGCAGUUCCUUUGGCUCUUGGUCUUCUUUGUAUAUCCAACCCAAAGGUGAAUGUUAUGGACACUUUAAGCAGGCUAAGUCAUGAUACAGAUUCAGAAGUUGCAAUGGCUGCAGUUAUCUCCUUGGGUUUGAUAGGUGCUGGAACCAAUAAUGCUCGCAUAGCUGGCAUGCUUCGCAAUCUUUCAAGUUAUUACUACAAAGAUGCUAGCCUCUUAUUCUGUGUUCGAAUUGCUCAAGGUUUAGUACAUUUGGGGAAGGGUCUAUUGACUCUUAAUCCCUAUCAUUCUGAUCAUGUUUUGCUCUCACCGACUGCACUUGCUGGUUUGGUUACAAUGCUGCAUGCAUGUCUUGAUAUGAAAGCUAUAAUACUGGGGAAAUACCAUUAUGUUCUCUACUUCCUUGUUCUGGCAAUGCAGCCAAGGAUGUUGAUGACUGUUGACGAAAACCUUAAACCUCUCUCAGUCCCAGUUCGGGUGGGUCAGGCUGUUGAUGUUGUGGGCCAGGCUGGCCGACCCAAGACUAUUACUGGUUUCCAAACCCAUUCCACCCCCGUUCUUCUUGCUGCCGGCGAUAGAGCAGAACUGGCUACUGAAAAGUAUAUUCCCCUCUCACCCAUCCUGGAGGGCCAUGUUAUUUUGAAAGAAAAUCCAGAGUACAGAGAGGAUAGUUAGGUUUAAAGUACGAAUUUGGAGCAAACUUGGAUGUUUAUUCAUUGUAACUUUAAUUUUGUAACUUAAAUAAUUUUUAUGCAUCAUAAAAUUUCCAUUUGUCCUCUACAAACGUUCCCUGUCG